CAUAAAUUUGUAUUUUUUCAAGUGUUCCAAAUCUCUGUCCUACUUGUUGUUUUAAUGUGUGUACCAUACUUGUUGAUACACAAUGCUCUAUCGCCAGCUUUGUUUAAUAUCGCAUUAGAAUCAGUUAUACGAAAGGUACUAAUCCAAGCCAAAGGAAUAAAAAUGAACAACAAUAACGAUUUAACCAUAGUAGCUUUCCCUGACAAUAUAGUCCUUAUAGCCGAAACAGAAAACGAACUGAGAAAUACAACUAGCAUCCUAUUAAGUGAAGGUAAAGAGAUUGGUCUGAAGAUAAAUAAGUCAAAAACAAAGUAUAUUUUACUUUCGAGACAAAAUCACAAUAUUAAUUAUUUAAAAGUUGAUGAUUACAAAUUUGAAAGGGUACAGAGCUUCAAGUACCUAGGCGCAGAGAUCAAUGAAUAUGCUAAUAGCCACGAAGAAGUUAAAAAACGACUUAUGGCAGCAAAUAGAUACUAUUAUAGUUUAAUGCCACUAUUCAAAUCAAGAUUACUAUCAAUAAAAUCUAAAAUAACGUUAUACUAA